AUGUCUCAGCUAGCAGCAGUACUCCCUUACAACCCCUCUUACAGUCUUUUCCUGCCCUUGGGACAGCAUACGCCACCAUCAGGGCUGUGUGAGGGGUGUCAUAAGAAACCCAAGCAUGCUAACUAUGACUAUUGUUCCAAGACCUGCGGCGUACGCGACUUGUGCGAGUUUUGUCAUAAGCGCCGAAAAUUCGUCGAAGGAGCCAGGAAGCACCAGUAUUGUGGAAGAAGUUGCGCCGAUUCUGCCAUGGCAGCAGCGAGUCUGAGCGGGGUGUCGAAUUCAACCGCGCCAUUGUCGACGAGUAAUGCUAGCAAUCAGUCGCAUUCGAGGCCCAAGAUCGAUUGUCUUCGGUGUCGCAAGGCCCCGAAGCUGAGCGACUCGCCGUUCUGUGGCCAAGCAUGUGAAGAUGCAGUAGGCCGAAAUGCUCCAACUAUAUUAGAUGUCCCUCACGACCAUUUGAUGUUCAAGAAUGUCCAAAAUCAAUUCCAGCUGGGUUGGCGACAUAACACCCGUUGUCCUAUAGUCAGAAAGAUAUACAAGAUCGUUUUGAAAGCAGACAUAUCGCAGAAGUACCAGCAAUAUCGUGACGACGUCGAAAAAGUGGGCAAUUUCAAAAACGAUCCCAGUUUGACAGCCGGUAACGAGAAACGCCGUUGGCAUGGCACCAGGAAGGACUGUAGUCUCGGAGACCCCAACUCGAAACAAGGUAGCACGUUAUGCAACGCGCCUUCAUGUAGUUUGUGCAACAUCAUCCGUGAAUCUUUCAACAUCAAUCAGUGGGGAAAGAACACAGGUUGGGGGAGGUUCGGAAAGGGAAUUUAUACGUCGGCCACAUCAUCGAAGGCGAACGAUUACAUUGAAAAUACUGGGCACUCUGAUUUCCGUGCCGUGUUGCUCAACAAUGUUGUCGUGGGAAAGGGACGCAAGCUGCGUCAAGAUGACCCCACCCUUACGCAGGCACCUGUGGGUUUUGACUCUGUUCUUGGGGAGCGAGGAGGAAGUCUCAACCACGAUGAACUGGUCGUCUACAAAGGUGAAGCAAUCAAGCCUUCUUACAUUGUUGUUUACGAUGGCUAG